CUACACUUUCAGGGAAUUUAAAAAAUGUCUUAACAUUUCGUUCAAAUUUAAAACUCUCCUCAUAUACAUAAUAAUAUAAUAAUUCGAAUAAGCUUUAUUUUAAAUUUAAAAUAAAAUUUAAAAAAUAAAAGAUCCUAAUGAAGUUUAGAACACAAUUCAAUUAAACAAACAGAUUUGUUUUAAAUGAAGCUAAAUAUACUUAGGAGAAUGUCCUAUUGGUACGGCUCUCAAUGUGUGCAAAUCACGGUAACCCUAUUUGUUUCUUUUGUUCCUCUGUUGUGGAUUUGUAUUUCUACCCGGCGCUCCGAAUUCGCAUAAAAUUGCACUUCGCAAUGGCAACCGAGCCAGAACCGUCAACUUCCAAAAAAGUUAGUGAAAUACUCCAAGCUUCGAUCAUUGUAAAAUGGGCUGGCAAAGAAUAUCCAAUUACAGAUUUAACCGAUCAGGAUACUGUGGCUGUGCUGCGCCAUGAAAUCUUCAAACUCACACAGGUGAGACCGGAGCGGCAAAAAUUGAUAAAUCUCAAGUAUAAAGAAAACAAAGUGGCGCCUGAUGAUACCAAAAUUUGUGACUUGGAGUUGAAACCCAACUUCAAACUAAUGAUGGUAGGCUCGACUGAGGCUGCUAUAGAGAUUGCAUGUCAACUGCCCGAUGAUAUUGCCGAGGUGAUAGAUGAUUUUGAUGUAGCCGAAGAAGAGGAUUUGGUAGAGAAAUCGCCCGUUUACUUGGCGAAAGUACAACGGCGCGUUAGAGAAUAUAAAAUAACUGAGCUUAACCCGCCAAGGGAAGGGAAGCGUUUGCUUGUACUUGAUAUUGAUUACACCUUAUUCGAUCAUCGAUCUCCCGCCGAAAAUGCCUCGGAGCUAAUGCGACCAUAUUUACAUGAAUUUCUGGAAUCUAGUUACGAAAAUUAUGAUAUUGUUAUAUGGUCGGCAACUGGUAUGCGUUGGAUUGAGGAAAAAAUGAAAUUGCUGGGUGUCAGCAACAAUCCCAAUUACAAAAUAAUGUUCUACUUGGACUCUACUGCCAUGAUUUCAGUAUAUACGAUUGAACGUGGUGUCGUAGAUGUGAAACCGCUCGGUCUAAUUUGGGGCCAAUAUCCGCAAUAUAGUGCCAAAAAUACCAUCAUGUUCGAUGAUAUACAACGUAACUUUCUAAUGAAUCCUCGUUCAGGUUUACGUGUACGACCCUUCCGCCAGGCACAUAUAAGUCGACAUACUGACAAAGAACUUGUCAAGCUUUCGAAGUACCUGCGCGAUAUUGCAAAUGAUUGCGACGACUUUACUAAACUGAAUCAUCGCAAAUGGCAACAUUACGAUCAUCGUAGACACCGAUAAUAAAAGGCAAAACAAGAAUAAAAUUAAUUGCAGCAGUUUUUUAAAACCCUAAUGUAGGUUACUACAUAAAAUGGAUGUUUGAUUGAUGCUAAGCUCUUUCGCUCAGCACAGCUAAGCAUUAUUUGAAAUAAAAUUUCCGGCGUUUUUACACAUCUGCUUAGCAACGAAGUUUUUACUUUUCAUUUACACACAGCUAAUUUUAAUUAAUUAAGAUAUAACUGGCAUAAUGCAUUUAAAUUCCUUUUGUGAUUUUCUUAAUGAGCUCGGUAAACUACAAACUGCUAGUUAUUAAAUAAAUUUAUAAAAUAUGUAUAUGUAUAUGGUAAACGUAAUAUAUGUAUGUAAGUAUAUGUAAACGUCAGUUUUUUUGUGCAAACGGUUGUAAAAUUUUAAUAUAGUAAUAAUAUAAAAAGAAAUGAGAAAUACAAAUUUAAAACAGCUAACACAAAUAUGAAAAGCUUUUUUAGUUGCUAAUGGAAAUAUAAUUAUAAAAUAAAGUCAAUGUUUCAUAAAUAAUAA